UGUCACUCUAGGGGCACCGUAGUUUCUCACCUUUGUGUCGGUCUUUUCAUGAAAGUUUCGCCGUAGUUUCGAUUUUUUUAACCUGAGGGCAAAGAAUUACUAGCGGCUAUUACGGCGAGACAACAACGGUAUGUUUAUUUUCUGUAUACGACAGACUUUCAUAAGCAUUUGUACAACGUCGUAAAUAAAAGCAUAAACGCAAACCCUAUCGACAUUGCAAAGAGAUAAAAUUUACACUUGUGUAUGUCAUCUGUCUGAAAUGUUUAUGACCUUUCACACAGUAAUGCAGAGUAGAGAGAUAUCAUGUAUCAGUGACCUUUACUUAUGAUAAGAGAAACGUUUAGGUUAACAGAUCUCUAAAAAUGUUGACAUAGUUCCAAAAUUGUCCUAUUACCAAUUUUUACAUAUACUGUGCUAAAAUUCUUCAAUGAAAAGAAGCAUUCAAGGGCCGGAAAUGCUCUAAGCAACAAGUUUUAGUUCAAAUAUGAGAGAAAGAAUAUGAGAGUACCAGAAAAAUUCUUUAAAAUCGUUGUUGGACAUUUUAAUCAUCAUGAAAAAUGAAACGGAGUUUUUAAAUUCAGAAGCGAGUGACUACGGUAUCAAUGAUACCUAUAAUUUUGAUGAAUUCUUCAAAAAAGAGAAUGAAUCAGACUUUGAUAGUGGCAUGAAAUAUGGAUUUUACAUAUUGUCAUUCGUUGUUGCUAUUAUAGGAAAUUUAUUCAUAAUAAUUGUUAUAUUGAAAACUAAAAGUUUAAGAACAAAAUUCAACAUGUACAUUGUUAAUUUGGCGGCAGCAGACUUCCUUAUGCCUACAGUUUGCAUGUGGAUACAUUUAGCGAACAGUGGUAGUGAUAAAUGGCUCCUCGGCAGUUUUCUAUGCAAAAUUCACACAUUUGUACAAGUGACGAUUGUUUGCACAAGCGUGUUUACAUUAACAACCGUAACAUUGGACAGAUUUCUGGCGACAGUUUACCCAUCGGCAGUUUGGAUCACUCAGAAGUGCCAGCCGCUCGCUAUUGUCAUUAUAUGGAUCUGUGCCUUUAGCAUCGCCGUCCCUUGGAUAAUAUAUCAGUUGUAUGCUGAGUUUGAUUGGAUUGGCGGGCACGAAAUUGUUUGCCAAUCUAAAUUCCCAUCAGAACAUGCUCGCAGAACUUAUUAUGUAGCGUUUUUUAUAAUUGUUUUUAUUAUUCCGUUGCUUUUAAUGUUCACAUUAAUCGUAAUUACAAUCAUCAAAGGCGAUAGGACGCCCAGCAAUGUUUCCAUGGAGAUAGAAAACUUUCAGGAAAUGCGCAGAAAGGCGGUGUAUAUGACAUUAACAGUGGUCAUAGUAUUUUGCAUAUGCUGGACUCCGCAACAAAGCCUACUUCUCUGGGACGCAUACAGAGAUAGAUUUAAAAGGCAACCAGAUAUAAAGAAGCUGCAUUACAUUACAUUGUAUAUGGCGUACACUAGCAGUGCUAUUAACCCUGUGAUCUAUUAUCUGUACAACAAGUGUUUCCGGCACGCACUAUAUACAUUGUUAAAGACAAGAUGCAAAGGAGAGAACUCCGAAAUGUCUAUUGCACCAGAAACAGUUCCUGAGGAGAUAGAGAUGAGUGUGACGGCUUCUACUAGCGCAGCAACAGUUGCCGACAGUAACACAAGUAAUGAUGAGCACCAGCAAAGAUCCGCAAUGGACGAAAGUUGUGAUUCUGAGUCUUUUACAACCGUGUCUUUAUCAGAAUGACGCAUACUGUAAUGCACGUGGAUAAAGCUUGUUUAGUUAAGAAAUGAUAUAUAGAACAACCAUGUUGGAACAUUACGAAGAGGUUAUACGCCUACGGAAUAAUGUCAAGAGGUACGCGGCCUGUGUGAAUUAUUACACGUGACGUAUAACCGAUUUGGAGUGAACAUGCUCCUGCUAUAUUGCAUUUCGAUUGUAUCUUUUAUAUAAACAAAUAGAUGAAGUUGGGAAGCACAAAACUCAUGCUUACUGUAUGGCGCCAAACACAGUAGCUUGACGUGACGUCAACGCAGAAACGCGAAUUGUGCUAAAAUACGUGAAGUGACACGUCCCGCGGAAUAACUUGAAAUGCGCAGACUUCAAGUAAGAUAUUCUGUGCGCCCAAUGUGUUUAUUAAUGUGAAUUAAGCAUAACAUCAGUUCAGUUCUAAAACUACGGUUUUUAUGUAAAAUAAUAAAUAAGAUUUGGAAGUACGUCUUUUUCGACGUUAAAAUGACGUCAAAUAUAUCAACGUGAUGUCACUGUUGUCGUAUGAAAUUAAAUGUGCAUGUUUUAAAUAUUAGAAUAAUCGACGAAUCAUAAUAAACAUAUACACACUGAUCCUAUUGUUGUGACACAAGUACUCUCUGUGAUUUAAUCUGUGAUGGCUUUAAAACUGUGCAUAUGUGUUUGUAAACGAAUAAUAUUUAAUUAGCAGAUUUCGAAAUUAUUAAUUAAUUACACCAAUGUCUUGUUUUCCAUUUUUACUUGCACAUUAGAAAGAAUAAAGAUUAGA